CUCUCUCCUUCCUCUCAUGCAUCUGCCAUUGGCCCAUAGCACCAAGGUUUUGUACAUUGUAGCUGAUCAUUCCUUCAUAUAGCUAGUUGAGCAAGGUUGGUGUGGCUGUCCACAUUUUUGCCUCGGAUAGCCUUGCCAGCUGCCUGCCAAGCUCUAACCACACUUUUGCUGCGAGAGUAUUGAGAGGAACGGCAGAGAAAACAAUGGCGGCCGUCAGUUUGCCUCCUGGUUUCAGGUUCCACCCCACUGAUGAGGAACUUAUCAUCUACUACCUUAAGAGGAAGAUCAACGGGCGACAGAUAGAGCUCGAAAUCAUUCCGGAGGUUGAUCUCUACAAGUGCGAGCCCUGGGAUUUGCCAGAAAAAUCCUUCCUUCCGAGCAAAGACCUUGAAUGGUAUUUCUUCAGCCCUCGAGACCGUAAGUACCCAAAUGGGUCAAGGACAAACCGUGCAACGAAAUCUGGAUACUGGAAGGCAACUGGGAAGGACAGAAAAGUGAACUCGCAUAAGCGUGCAGUUGGUAUGAAGAAGACCUUGGUGUACUACCGUGGCCGAGCUCCACAUGGUUCUCGAACUGGCUGGGUCAUGCAUGAAUACCGCCUUGAUGAGAGGGAAUGCGAGACUGACACUGGCUUACAGGACGCGUACGCAUUGUGCCGAGUGUUCAAGAAGACAGGGCCCGGGCCAAAAAUCAUAGAGCAUUACGGCGUAGUGCGCCACCACGACGAGCAACCUCAGUGGAUGGCAAGCAGCAGUGUCGACCGCUCCCCGACGCUGGACCUGUCCUGUGAUGUUAGAGGUGAUGAGUUUGAGAGCAGCAGUUUCUCGUUCCCGACAGAGGCCCCGAUGGACUCCAUGCAUGGUGGGUUCGGGAUGCAGAUGAGUGCACCUCACGAGGAUGGAAAAUGGAUGCAAUUCCUAAGCGAAGACGCCUUUAACGCCACCAAUCCAUUCUUCAUGAAUCCAGCUUCUUCCAAGGUGAAUGUUGAACUGGAGUGCGCAAGGCUGCAGCAUAGGCUCUCCUUGCCUCCCCUGGAGGGAGAGGACUUCCCACAGGACGUCAGCCUCGACUCAAAGACGAGCGUACUCCGCUGCAACCCCAACGAGUUUGACAUACUUCAAGAGUUCCAGUUCGUCGCGUCAGCUGCGCAGGAGCUAAUCAACGGCUCCAGCAGCAGCUACCCUUUAGAAAUGUGGCCAGGCGCCGGCACAAGCAGUGCCGGCACGCACUACAUCAAUGAGCUGUCCUCCCUCGUUGAGCUCGGGGUGAAGGCAAAAGAGGAGGCCGACAAUUUCUACCAUAUGGGCUGCGUUGCUACUUCUGCAGGCUUCGCCUCGAAGUCGGGCCAUGUCGAUGAACCGGUUAGGUUAAUGGUUGAGAUCGCUGACAUGGAGGAGGAAUUCAAUGAAGAGAAGAAGCAAGUGGAGAACCUUAGAGGAGUGAGGUUGCACAACAAUGACCUUGGAGAGAUUGUUGUAGAAGGAGAUGAAAGCAAUCCAACGACGGAAUGCAUUACACAAUAUCCCAUAACAGACACUGCUGACAAUUCAGGAGAAGCCGGUCACCUGACCGAUCUCACUGACGCAGGCGGCCUAGACACUGCCCCCAUCUUCUCGCAAUCUCAACCUGACGACUUUGCUACUGGCUUCGACGACGCCGACCCUAACGCAUCCUUUGACCUAUACGAAAAGGUUGACGUCAAGCAUGGGCUCUUCGUCUCAAGGGUCGGCGCGGCGAAGACAUUCUUCCACCGCGUUGAGUCAUUGAAGAAGGUCAGCUUCCACUUGAAUCCCGUAGCAAGCGAUGUCAGCAAGGCGAUCGAGAAGUUGCAUUUCCCCAUUAGUGUUACGACCAAAGUUAGUGGCAGGGUUUCCAUUUUUAGCAAGUUCAAGGCGCUCAUCAGGGACAGAUUAUUCCUGAUGAAGCCGUCAUCAUACCAAAGGUCCUUAGGCCGCAGCAAAGAAACAGCAGCAGCGAGUGAGCUACUGCAGAUUGUGUCACUCCUUUUAACACCAAAAGAAGUCACAGGCCCUGCUACUGAGCAAGAUUUGGUCAAGAAGAAGGCGAAGAAAGUGAUGAAGCCGGGAUCCAGUGAUAGAAGCAAUGUGUGGCUUGUUCCACUCUCCAAGGGGAGCAAAGGCAUUUCCAGCAUGUUUUUUAGUGGGAAAUGGGCAUUUCUGACAUCUGCAUUGGCUAUCCGCACUCCAGGGUGCAAUCACUGAAAGGUCUUUCUCGUGACUACAUGUAAAAAUACGGCUGCUAUUAUGUAUGCUAGAAACUCUCGGUAUCCGGUGCCUAGUGUAAAAAUUAUUUGGUGUGAAACUGGAUAAUGUAUUCAUUAUUUGUUCGUUCAUGUACGUAUUGACGUGUCUGUAGUCCAACCCUGUUGUAUAUCAAAAUAUUUAUGA